AUGCCGCUCUACUUCCUGCGUGUGUCGCUGGAGCACCUCUCCUUCCGCAUCCCCGAGCUUCUCUCCAUCGCUAAGCUUUUUGAGUUUGAGCUCAAGAUCCUUUCCACCGACAUCUACCGCGGUGUCAUCGUCAUUGAGGUCGACAAGGACGAAUAUGUCGAGCGUAUCCUGGACCGUGGUGUCCUUGUCAUCUCCGUAAGCAAGCUGUACGCUGAGGCGACCAAUUACGAGGACCUCCAUGCACAGCUCAAGGAGAAGCGUGAGCUCUUCGAGCCAGACCUCGACGCAUGCUUCAAGAUCACUCUCGAGUGCGUCAACAACCGCCCCCUCGACAAGCGUUACCGCCAGGUGGUCGAGGACUUUAGCUGGACCGAGCUCCGCGGCAAGAUUGACUUGAAGAACCCAGACAUUGAGUUUGUCGUCUUGGAGGACUACGACCAUGUCACCUUGCACACCCGCCAGGCCCGUCUUGACCGUGACGGCAAGUUCCAGAAGGUCUACUUUGGCAAGCGUAUGGGCUUCUCUCGUGCCCGUCCCGUCAUAAACGUCCAGGACAUCAAGCAGCGUGCCUUCUACGGCAACACGUCUAUGGAGGCCGAGAUGGGUCUCCUCCUUGCUGGCCAGGCUCUCCUCAUUUAUGACCCAUUCGUGGGAACUGGAUCGCUCCUGUAUGCUGUCGCUCACUGGGGCGCGAGCGUUAUCGGUUCGGACAUUGACGCGCGCCAGUUCCGUGGCAAGCAGAAGGGCAAGGACGUCACUCCGGGUAUCUUCCGCGCAGCCGCAGCUUACGGCUACGACCAGCGUUUCCUUGACGUUGUUGCCUUUGACGUCACCCACGGUCCUUGGCGCCGAGGCGGUUUCCUCGACGCCAUUGUCACCGACCCCCCCUACGGCGUGCGCGCUGGAGCCAAGCGUCUCGGCAAGUCGACAACGCGCAAGCGCAACACUCUGCGUGACGAGCCGUACCAGUUUGACGAUGGUACUUUUGCCCACGAGAGGCCCGGAUACCUCCCACCUUCAAAGCCAUACGAGCUCGUGGACCUGACCCUUGACUUGGUUCAGCUGAGUCGCUACUUGCUCGUUCCCGGCGGUCGUCUCGUCUUCUUCCUCCCCACUGUCAACGAUGACUUUGAGCACGUCGACGUGCCCGUUGUGGAAGGUAUGCGGGAGGUCAAGCAUGAGGAUGGCAGUCUGCAGGACUUUGGCAAGUGGGGCCGCAGGCUUAUCACCAUGGAGAAGACGGCCACCGAUGACGGACCCAUGCCCACUUUUGGUGACCAUUCCGAGCUCACUGAGGAGCGUCUUCCAGGCCACCACCAAUUCAACAAGCGUUACUUGGAGGGAUUCAAGCCGCGCGAGGGUGGUGAGGGUUCUGAGGAGACCUCGGAGGCGGAGGAGCAGGCGCCUGCAGAGGAGAUGGCGCAGCUCAAGGUUUAA